CCCUGGCCCAGAAACUUCUUAUGCUGCAAGUGCAACUGUAAAAAAAAGAAAAAAAAAGAAAAAAGAGUGAUGAGAGAGAAAGAUUUAGAAGGGGGAAAAAAAAGCAAAAAUGGGAUCUCUAGGCAAGAUCAAAGGAUACAUUGAUUACAAAAUUGACCUCAAAUUCAAAUCAGAAUGCUGAGGUUGAAUGUACAUGAGCGAGGAUAUGCAGAUUGAAGAGCUGUUAAAUGAUACGGAAGAACCGAAAGAGUGUGUUUGAGAAGGGAAGUACUAUGCAGUGUGCUGGAAUGAGUGCCUCUUUUUCCUUUUUAUAUGUCUGCCUGUCUUUCCAAAGUUGGGUUUACAACACAGACACAGCAACUCAGGAUCCAAGCCGCUUCUGCAACCUAUACUACAGUUCACAGCAACACUGGAUUCUUGUCCCACUGAGCAAAGCCAGGGAUCGAACCUGCAUCCUCAUGGAUUCAUUUCUGCUGUGCCCCAACAGGAACUCCAUUCAUUCUGCCUUUUAACACAUGACCUCAACUCUUCCAUUUUCCAGAGUGUAAAACAAAGUGCUUCUUGCCAUCUGCUGCCCUCCCUCCUAGCCUCCGACCUGGCAGUUUCUCCUUCCUCCCUGUCCUUUCUAGUCCAGAGGCUCAGUCCUCAUCCAGGCAUUUCAAAAAGUUCACCCUGUUGCAAAGCCCUUUCUCAAUCCCCUUCACCCGAAUGCUUUCUCUUCCCUCCUGACUCCCUAGGCACCUCUCUCCUGCUGUGAUAACCUUACCUUGGUUAUUUGUUCUCUUGCCUCAUACUCUCUGAGCUCUUUUAGAGUCAGAGAUGGUCCUUCUCAUUUCUUAUUUCCACUGUGUUGCUUGCACCAUGUCUCACAUAGAAUAUGUUCUCAAAUAUUUAUAGAUCAGAAGUACUUUUUUUUUUCGUUUGCUUGUUUUCAGUGAAGGACGUUUCCUUUCUCAUUCAGGGAUCAUAGAACUUUCCUUGAGUACAUUAGGUGACUUACUUUUUCUGCAGAAUCUUUACCUUGACAUGUACAGUACACAGAACUUACUAGACAUAGCAGUGCACAGAACUUAUUGGCACUUCUUGAUGUCUUGUAUAACUCUUGCUUUUAUUUGGUAUUCCUUCGUUUCCCGAGCUGUUUGCUUAAGAGACAGAAUGUGUCGCACCCAGCACCCACAGCCCUUGCAGUUGUACCCAGUGAAUUUUCCUUGACCAAUAAGAAUGAAUUGCUUUGGCAGAAUGCUGAAGAAACUGGUGUGUUGGUAGUUUUCUUUGAACCUAACACUUUUAUUUUCUAGAAAUGUAUUAGAAUUAAAUGUGGUUCCAUAAAUGGCUCUGUGGUUUAAAAAAAAAAAAAAAAGCUUGAACCUCUUUUUUUUACAACCAUUCUGAACCUCUAAAUAUCUUGUCCCACCAUCUAUGAGCGACCUUGUCUCGGGUGCUGCCAUGGAAUUUGUCAACUUCCUGUGCCUUCUUACUUUCCCAGGCCUUACGUGUUAAUUUGGGGUGGGGAUUGAGGGAGACAAGGCUACUGUGCACAUCCUGAGUCAUUUGUGUGGAGGGUGGAGAGGUAGUUUACAAUGGGGAAGUGAUAGAAGUAACCAAGAGGAAGAAAGGAAAAUCAUAAAUUAACUCCUGGGCCCAUUUAAAGACAGUCAGCUCCACUCUUGUCAGCGGUUUGCUUCCCCAGGCUGGGUGUGUGUUGAGUGUAUGGAUACUUCCUGUUUUUGUUCAUCUGCCCAAGGUGAAAAUGGGAAGUGGACGUCUGAGAAUUGUCUGGUUGCUUUGGUGGGGCUGUCUCUGCUGUGGUAAAUUUCUAUUUCUGGAAGACUGAAAUGAUCAAAGUAAGCAGAGGAUAAGCUUCUUGACCAUAUUUCCAUCCUGAAAAACUCUGUGGUCUUUGCAGUAACUUAACAAACCAGGCAAAUUAGUUAUUUGAUGACAUUCACAUGGUGCAUGCAAACUAUUCAGGUUGAUUUGUGUGUGUGAGAGCAUGUGGCACUUUGAUAAAAAUUGCUCUUGAAAAUGCAAAAAAUACUUUUUAAAGUCCUAUUUAAAGCUUUUCAAUAUUUGGAUGAGGACUGUUUUAUGCAAGCAUAUACUCUAUUAUAUAACGUAUAGUCUAUAGGUGAGAAAAAUCCUGUUUGCUAGUUUAAAGAUAGCAGACAUUUUUUAAUAAAGAUACUGAACAUUUCAGUUUACUGAUAUUUCCAAAGGAGAAACUAAAAUACUACUAGUUUGCAGAUGAUUUUUUUUAUUGAAGAGACAAGAGAACUGAAUAAGAGGUUAAAAAGUAAAAUAUAAAUGGCUUGUAGUUUGUUUAAUUUAUCCGUGGUCAGACAUAUUUUGGGGGGAAUCACAUUUUGGAUGUCUUGAAAUUUCCAGUUCAUUCUAGCAUUUUGGUUGUUUAUGUGGGCAUUACUAAAGAAAUACUGAGAUCUAAGGACUUGCUUGAAUAAAAGUAUAGAAAUAAUCAUUUCCAGCCACAUGAAGUUAAAAGAACCACAAAAAUCAUGACGUUAAAAACAAAUUACUUAUCCUUUGGUGUGGUUCUGUGUAACUUAUUGCAGUUAAUGAUCUUCGAUUGAAUUUGCAGCUCUCAGAGUUCGUGUAGAAGUAGGCCAUCACAUGCCGAGCUGAAAUACCAAGUCAUUUAAAUUAGAUACUGAGCAUGCUCAUAUGAAGUACUUAUUCUUUGAGACUGCAGUGUGGUUCAGUUUUCUUCUAGUGGAAAUAGCAGAAAAGAGAUCACGAUGUGCCCUUUUGUCAUCAUUCUGUCAGAGAGCCUGUAAUUUGUCUUUGGAAACCAGAGGCCUGAGACAAAGAGAAGAAUGCAGGUUUUUUGCAAAAGGCUAUUUGCCACAAUGAAAGGAAAGUGACCUGUAAACAUCCAGUCACAGGACAGCCAUCACAGGACAAUUGUAUUUUUGUAGUGAAUGAACAGACCGUUGCAACCAUGACAUCUGAAGAAAAGAAGGAACGACCUAUAAGUAUGAUAAAUGAAGCUUCUAACUAUAACAUGACUUCAGAUUAUGCAGUGCAUCCAAUGAGCCCUGUAGGCAGAACUUCACGGUCAUCAAAAAAAGUUCAUAAUUUUGGAAAGAGGUCAAAUUCAAUUAAAAGGAAUCCUAAUGCACCUGUGGUCAGACGAGGUUGGCUUUAUAAACAGGACAGUACUGGCAUGAAGCUUUGGAAGAAACGCUGGUUCGUGCUUUCUGACCUUUGCCUCUUUUAUUAUAGAGAUGAGAAAGAAGAGGGUAUUCUGGGAAGCAUACUAUUGCCUAGUUUCCAGAUAGCUAUGCUUACCUCCGAGGAUCACAUUAAUCGCAAAUAUGCUUUUAAGGCAGCCCAUCCAAACAUGCGGACCUAUUAUUUCUGCACUGAUACAGGAAAGGAAAUGGAAUUGUGGAUGAAAGCCAUGUUAGAUGCUGCCCUGGUACAGACAGAACCUGUGAAAAGAAUUACCUUUAAUUUCCGAGUGGAUAAGAUUACAUCUGAAAAUGCACCAACUAAAGAAAUCAAUAACUUUCCCAACCAUAGAGUGCUAAUUAAACCAGAGACCCAAAAUAACCAGAAAAACAAGGAAAUGAGCAAAACUGAAGAAAAAAAGGCAUUAGAAGCUGAAAAAUAUGGAUUUCAGAAGGAUGGCCAAGAUAGACCUUUAACAAAAAUUAAUAGUGUGAAGUUGAAUUCUCUGUCAUCUGAAUAUGAGAGUGGGUCAGCGUGCCCUAGUCAGACUGGACACUACAGGCCAGUCAAUAUGAAUAGCUCAGAGAACAAAGCAGUCAAUGUUAGCCUGGCAGAUCUUAGGGGCGGAAGUCACCCAAGUACAGGGCCCUUACACACAGAGGCUGAUCGGGUCAUACAGAGAACGAAUUCAAUGCAACAGCUGGAGCAGUGGAUUAAGAUCCAGAAGGGGAGAGGUCAUGAAGAAGAGACCAGGGGAGUCAUUUCCUACCAAACAUUGCCAAGAAAUAUGCCAAGCCACAGAGCCCAGAUUGUGGCCCGCUACCCUGAAGGCUAUAGAACACUCCCAAGAAAUAGCAAGGCCCGGCCUGAAAGCAUCUGCAGCGUGACCCCUUCCGCUCAUGACAAGAUCGCAGGACCUGGAGCAGAAGAGAAGCGGAGAUCCAUGAGAGAUGACACCAUGUGGCAGCUCUACGAGUGGCAGCAGCGCCAGUUUUAUAGCAAGCAGGGCACCCUCCCUCGUCACAGCACUCUGACCAGCCCUAAAACCAUGGUUAAUCUUGCCGACCAGACAAUGCACUCCAUCCCCACGUCGCCUUCCCACGGCUCCAUAGCUGCCUAUCAGGGCUACUCCCCCCAGCGAACCUAUAGGUCAGAAGUGUCUUCACCAAUCCAGAGAGGGGACGUGACCAUAGACCGCAGGCACCGGGGCCAUCACCCCAAGCAUGUAUAUGUGCCUGACAGGAGGUCAAUGCCAGCUGGCCUGACUUUACAGUCUGUUAGUCCCCAGAGCCUCCAAGGCAAAACGCCAGAGGAGCUUACGCUGCUGCUUAUAAAGCUGAGACGGCAGCAAGCAGAACUGAGUAGUAUCCGGGAGCACACGUUAGCACAGCUCAUGCAGCUAAAGCUUGAGGCCCACAGCCCAAAGAAUGAAAUCCUUUCUCAUCAUCUUCAAAGGAACACCAUAUAUUUGGAUCAUCAGAUGAAAGAAAAUGAACCUAUUAUCACCAUGGUUCACACAAUGAUUGAGAACUCGGCGCUAAGACCCCAACUGUACCAGCAAUUCUUAAGACAGAAGAACAAGAUAAGUCUAUACUGUCUAUCACAGGAUGAAUGUAGAGGCACAUUGUACAAAUACAGACCUGAAGAAGUAGACAUUGAUGCCAAGCUGAGCCGAUUAUGUGAACAAGAUAAAGUGGUCCAUGCGCUGGAGGAGAAACUUCAGCAGCUCCACAAGGAGAAAUACACGCUUGAGCAAGCUUUGCUGUCAGCCAGCCAAGAGAUAGAAAUGAAUGCAGAUAACCCAGCAGCCAUUCAGACCGUGGUGUUACAGAGGGACGAUUUACAGAACGGACUGCUUAGUACCUGUCGAGAACUCUCUCGAGCCACUGCUGAGCUGGAACGAGCAUGGAGAGAAUAUGAUAAGUUAGAAUAUGAUGUAACUGUUACCAGGAACCAGAUGCAAGAACAGCUAGAUCGCCUUGGUGAAGUUCAGACUGAAUCAGCAGGAAUUCAGCGUGCGCAAAUUCAGAAAGAACUGUGGAGAAUUCAGGACGUCAUGGAAGGACUGAGUAAACACAAACAGCAGAGAGGCUCUGCGGAAACAGGUAUGGCAGGAUCAAAGCCUUUCUCAACAGUUAAAUACAAAAACGAGGAAGAGGAAGUAGUCCCACCUCGUCCUCCACUUCCUCGGUCCUAUGACUUUACAGAGCAGCCUCCCAUAAUCCCCCCUCUGCCCAGUGAUAGCAGCUCCUUGCUCUGUUAUAGCAGGGGCCCAGUCCAUCUGCCCGAAGAAAAGAAGAUUCACCAAGUUCAAGGAUAUCCAAGAAAUGGAUCUCACUGUGGUCCAGAUUAUAGACUCUACAAGAGUGAACCAGAGUUAACAACAGUGGCAGAAGUUGAUGAGUCUAAUGGAGAAGAAAAAUCAGAACCUGUUUCAGAAAUGGAAUCUUCCGUCAAAGGUUCCCACUUUCCUGUUGGAGUAGUACCUCCAAGAACAAAAUCACCAACACCCGAAUCUUCGACAAUAGCCUCAUAUGUAACCUUAAGGAAAACUAAGAAGAUGAUGGAUUCAAGAACGGAAAGACCAAGAAGUGCAGUGGAACAGCUCUGUUUGGCUGAAAGCACUCGUCCUAGGAUGACCGUGGAAGAGCAAAUGGAAAGAAUCAGGAGGCAUCAACAAGCAUGCUUAAGGGAAAAGAAAAAAGGAUUAAAUGUUAUUGGUGCUUUAGACCAGUCACCCUUACCAAGUCCUUCCAAUUUAAGGGAUAGUCUAUUCAGGGUUACCCAGACUCGAAGGAAGGAUGAUAACAUUAAGGACACUGUUGUUCGGGAACCUGAUGCAAAGCCAGACCCUGAAACUCCUGCUGCAGAAGUUGUUCUACUGAAAGAAGCAGAACCUCAAAAUACAGAUUUCAGUGAAGAGUUUAAAAAAACUGAAAAUGUUUUUUCCAAAACACUUUUCACACCUGAGCCAAAUGGAAUCACUUCUGAGGACGUGAUGGAUAAAGAAGAAAGUAAAGAAAAAAUGCCUGAGGAUGUUUCAUACAGUAGCCCUCCAGAUGAGUCACAGAUCACAAAUCAUAAACCAGAAGGCCACCCUGAAGAAAAUAUUAAAGACGAUAUUCGUGAUCAGGAAGAAACUGUUAUUUCGUAUGAACUAACUCCUGAGGCUUCUAGAGGAAAUCAGACAAUGGCAGUGAAAAGCCUGUCCCCGUCUCCCGAGUCCCCAGCGUCCCCUGUUCCGUCCACGCAGCCCCAGCUCACAGAAGGAUCACAUUUCAUGUGUGUGUAGUCUCAGAAAAACUAUACUGACUUCUGUUGAAACCACUCAAAGCUAUGGACGUGGACCUUUGGCAAUGUGAGAAGAUAUUGUACAGUAUAUUUUAAAUCUAUGAAAUUCAUAGUUUUGAUGCUUUUGACCACAGAGCAUCAUUUUAUCACUUCUGGAAAAUGUUUAUUCCAAAACAGCUUUAAUGGCCCAUAUGUACACUCAAGGUUAUGUAAUGUACUCUCAAGGUAAUUAUUCUGACACCAGCUUGCUGCUAUGAUUUCAGAGCACAUAAGUAAAGGUGCUUUUUAGUGUGCGGUCUACAGCCAGAGCUUACUUAGUUGCUGAUUUCCAGAUUUUGACGUUUCUAAAGUCUAGGUGGGUUUAUAUUUCUUUUUUGCUUUUCGGUACAUAAAUUUAGUUAUUAUUUCCAACGAAGCUUGUUUUUCUUUCUUUUUCUUCUUCUUCCCAUUUUGGCUACUGCGAUGCUUUGUUUCACCCUUGAUUUGUAAAAAUUUUAUAUAUAUUUAAAAUGUGCCAUUUUAUUACUGCUAAGUGAAGUUUGUCCGUUUUCUGCUAUAAUUAUUUCUCAGUCAGAUUGCGAUGUCAGUAGUUACUGCCACACUCUUGUCAGCUUCAACACAAAUGUUACCGCUUACUUUUUCUUAAAGAACAAUUUAAAAUGUAGGUAUUUCGAAGUACUGGGCUUAUGCCUCAUUGGACUAGAUGUGUACAGCAAUAAGCAGGUUUUCAAAUCCAGUACUUAGUUUGUGUACAAAUGUAAUUAUGUUCAUUGUGUAUAUAUUAUACAAUGAGCACAUGUAAUGUAAGUAUUAAAGGCUACUUACUAUUGUUUAAAUGCAAAUGUUCAUAUCUCAUUUCUUUUUUAUCAUGUUAAAUAAAUGUUGAUGUU